AUGCGCGGAGAGCGCGGGGCGGCAGCGCCUGCGCUGAUGCAGCUGCGGGCUGAGGCGCCGUCGGCCGCAGCGGGCUCGGUGACCGGCGUCCUGCGGGCCAGCCCCGCCGUCGCUCCCCCGUCCUCCGCCUCCUCCUCCGCCUCCUCCUCCUCCUCGCCGCCGCAGCUGGCGCUGCUCGUGAUGCAGCCGUGCGGCGGCGAGGAGGAGGCGGCGGCGGCGGGAGGCGGAGUGCUGCCGGUCGCCGAUGCGCCGCUGCCGCCGUCCGCAGCGGGCGGCCUGAUGCUGUUCUACGAGCUGGGCCCCGCCGACGGCGAGGCAGAGACCGGGGAAGAGGAGACGGCGGCGGCGGGGGCGGGUGGCGAGAGCACGGCCAGCCCCGAGGAGCUGGAGGAGGAGGAGCAGGCGGCGGCCUCCAGCGGAGAAACGGCGGCGGGCGGAGGCUGCAAGAGCUGCACGUACCAGGGCUGCAGCGAGACCACCACGCAGGUGGCGAAGCAGCGCAAGCCGUGGAUGUGCAAGCGGCACCGCAAUAAGAUGUACAAGGACAAGUACAAGCGCAAGAAGAGCGACCAGGCCAUGGGCGGAGGCGGCGCUGCGGCGGCCAACGCGGGGGGCGGCCCCAGGGCUGAGGUGAGGCGGGGGGCGGAACGUUGUGGGUGGAAAAGUGGUUUUAGCUGUGCGAGUAGUGCCUGCUUUGAGCUUCACUCAUUGCUUUUGCUUUGCAACGGGAACUCGUGUGCUUCUGUCUGCUUCCCCUUUGUCAUCUGUGGAGCGUCUCCAGCUCUAGUUGCUACUCAGCCUGUAGAGCAGAAGGCUCCAGUGAGGCAUCGUUGCAGCCUUCCAGUACUUAAAGAGACAGAAUGACCCGGGUUGGAAGGGACCUCAAGGAUCAUGUAGUUCCA